CGCCAUCCAAUUCACGAAUCUCGGCCGAUCAGGCGAACUCGAGGCCGUUCCACCAUGGCGAGCUGGCCGCAGGGAUCGGCGAUCGGCGCGCACCCCGGCGACGUCGACUUGGACUUGGCCCCCAUCCCCCAUUGGGACGAUGGCGCCACCAACUACCUGAUUCGCUUUCACCUCCCAGGGUUCAAGAAGGAAGAGUUCCGCGUUCUCGUGGACCGCGGCGGCAGGCUGACUCUACGUGGGCAACGGUCGGCCGGCGUGGUGCGGGUGCAGAGGACGCUCCAGCUGCCCCCCACGGCCGACGUCGACAGGAUAGCCGCCCGGUUCGACGGCAGAGUGCUCUGCCUCACCUUGCCCAAGGUGUCGCUCCGCACGGCCGAUAUGGCGCGCGCCAGGAUGGACGAGGCCAAGGAGGUGGCCGCCGCGUGGGACAUGGAGGUCACCAGGGACAAGGAGCGGUCCCGGUCCGAGUGGGACAAGGGGCAGUUGAUCGCGGCCACCGUCGCCGCCUUCGUGCUCGGGGUCGUUGUAACUCACAGGUUCUUCUCUGCCAGGAAUGUUUGAACCCAUCGUCAUGUAAAGCAGUAAAGAUCGUGGAAUCCAUGGGCGGCCUAGCUUCGCAGCUUCAUGCAAUCGUGCGUAUUUGCAUGUCGUCUAUGUUCAUUUUUUUCCGUAAGGAGGUUGGAAACCCCGGCCUCUGCAUCAAAAUGAUGCACACAUCCAUUGUCGUCUAUGUUCAUAGACAUGUAACGGAAGUUAUUGACCGGAAUGUGCAUGUAGCGUCGGCAAUGUGCUGAUGAG